AAAGAUAAUAUAAAAAAAUAGCCAAGGAAAUACGCGUGUGUGACGUGCUAAUAGCAAAAUAGUUGUGCCUGCAAUUUUAAUUGUAAUGACUAAAUAGACUGAAUUUCGGGAAAGUGUUUGUGCAAUAAAAAGGGCAGCGCUCGCAAAGCGCACAAUAUAAUAUAAAGAAUUUUUCAAACUUUGGCUACUGGCUAUAGCAGCAGUACAAGAAGCCACUGCCACUGCCGCUGCCCCUCCUCCGUCGUAGUCGCCGUCGCAGUCGUUGUCGUUUGUCUACUUCGCUUUGCGUCCCGUAUGUAAAAUGUAACCGAUGGACGACGAAGCCGAACCAAACAGAUGAUAUUCACGCUAAGAAAAAAAAACAACAAAAACAAAAACCGAAGCGCAGCAGCAGCAGCAAACAUGUACAUAUAUGUAGCCAUAUUAUUCAAUGAGUGUGUGCGCGAGCGUAUAAAAGAAAAUUAGAUAAAAAAUAAAAUGAAAUUAGCGCACGCCUGAAUUUCGAGUUUGGCGCAAGGUGAACCGAACCGAACCAAACCGAACUGUGAAUGUUCAUAUAAAAAGUCGACGAAAACAAUUUUCAAUUUUCUCUUUGUGUGUGUUUUGUGCGUGCGAACCUGAAGUGCUGCCACCUGCAAUUGCAAUUGCAUUGAUUUAUGUGCAUACACAUACAUAUAUACAUAGUACAUAGUAAAAAGUUCAUUUCGCAGAGGAUAUAUAUAUAUACAUUAGUAUAUACAAUAUGCACAUAUGUGCAUAAAUGCACAGACACACAUAUAUGCUGGCUGACUGAUAAAAGCCUUACGCUCACUCUCACACACACACGGACACACGCACACAUACGAAUCACACAGAGCUUUUGACACAGACGAACACAGUGAGACUAGUUUGGCUUGGACGUCAUAGAAUUGCUGGAGGAGCAGGCAAUACAUAUAGAAGAAAGAACAGCAAUCAGCAAGUCCAAUGUCCAAUAAAAUAAAUCCGAAACGCCGUGAACCGACAGCAGCAGCAGCAGUAGCAGCAGCGACGGCAGUAGUGGCCACCAAUACGAGCAGCUCGACCGGCUCCAGUGCUGGCAACACAUCCUCGGCGAACACAUCGUCCUCGUCCAGCUCUUCACUGUCGUCCGCCGGUGGCGGUGAUGCGGGCAUGUCCGCCGAUUUGACAUCCCUUUUCGAAUGCCCCGUAUGCUUUGAUUAUGUGCUACCACCGAUCUUGCAAUGCUCCAGCGGGCAUUUGGUGUGCGUGUCAUGCAGAUCGAAGCUCACAUGCUGCCCCACAUGCCGUGGCCCAUUGGCCAACAUACGCAAUUUGGCCAUGGAGAAGGUCGCCUCAAACGUGAAGUUUCCGUGCAAACAUUCGGGCUACGGCUGCACUGCCUCACUGGUUUACACAGAGAAGACCGAGCACGAGGAGACCUGCGAAUGCCGGCCGUACCUUUGUCCCUGUCCGGGUGCCUCAUGCAAAUGGCAGGGACCGCUCGAUCUAGUCAUGCAGCAUCUGAUGAUGUCACACAAGAGUAUCACAACGCUGCAGGGCGAAGAUAUUGUAUUUCUGGCCACCGACAUUAAUCUGCCCGGCGCCGUCGAUUGGGUAAUGAUGCAGUCCUGUUUUGGCCAUCAUUUUAUGCUCGUACUGGAGAAACAAGAGAAAUAUGACGGACAUCAACAGUUCUUUGCCAUAGUUCAAUUAAUUGGAUCACGCAAAGAGGCUGAGAAUUUCGUGUAUCGCCUUGAAUUAAAUGGCAAUCGACGCCGUCUUACCUGGGAGGCAAUGCCACGUUCCAUACACGAGGGUGUUGCCUCUGCCAUACACAAUUCGGAUUGUCUGGUGUUCGACACAUCGAUUGCGCAACUGUUUGCCGACAAUGGAAAUCUGGGCAUCAAUGUUACCAUAUCUCUGGUCUAAACGGGCCAGGCCAUGUUGUGGCUUUGGCUUUGGCUUCUACAAAUAAAUGUGCAUCGUUUUUAAAACGAUACGAUUUUCGAUACACGAUAAUACAUAUAUACUUAAUGUCGCAUCAUCAUCAAAACGCUAAGACUUUGAAAUGUGGAGUGAAUGAAUGUACAUAGAGUAUGUAUGUAGAUCGGUUGGUCUGUCUGUCUGAUUGUCAGUCACUUGCCGUCUGGCGAUAAUUAUUAGUAGCUUUAGGGAUUUCAUUUAAUUAAAAGAAAAACACAAGCAAAGGAAA